AUGGUAGACAACGUAUAUACCCCAAGUACCGGUGUAAUGGGUCUACUAUUCACCAGUGCACAUAACGGUGCUGAAAUUGGUACUGGUAUCGAUCCAUUAUUAAGGGAAGCAAGAAACUUGUUGGGCUCAAAAAUACCCCAGAUUUUGAUUGAUUAUAACAUUGGUACCCAGAUCAACUUGUUUGGUAGUUAUCCAUCAAGUGGAGAUUUUGCCCCCAGUUUGGUAUUCUCCAUCUUAUUUGCAGUAGUUUUUGUCAUUCAUACUAUAAUCUUUAUCAUCAACACUUCAAGAGGACAUUACUUUUAUUUAUCGGUUAUCUGGAUGGUGUAUUCAAUAUUCAAAGUAAUUGGAUUUGCACUUAGAGUCCAAUGGUCGUAUGAUGUUACUCAGGUAGCUGUUGGAUUGACGAGCGAGGUGUUUUUGCUUGUGCCUUCCAUCAUUAUUGUCUCUGCCAAUUUGAUCUUAGCUCAGAGAUUGUUUACCUGGAGACACCCUGUCGGAGGUUCGAGAACAUUAUUCUGGAGUUUUAUGAUUAAUACCUACAUUUCGGUCGUGAUUCUUGUUGCAAUUACUAUCUUGGCGUCUUUUGUUCCUUACUUGAAUUUCCUAAGCAAUUCAUCUUAUAGAAGCUGGAUCCAUACUGUGCAGUUUACAUCAGUCACAGUUAUUGUUUACUCCUUAACUUCGGUUGCAUUGAUUGGAUUGAGUUUUUGGUUGCCAACAAAAAAGGAUGAGUUGAGAUAUACUUAUCAACCGUGGUGGAUUGAAAGUUUUGCUCCACUUUACUUUGUGGAGAAGAAUGCUGCCCAGAAGGCAGAGCGUGGGUUCAUGAAGAGAAACUCCAACCACAGACAUGCUACACGAGUCAUUGCUGCCACUCAUCAUCAUUACAACAGUGUCAAGGGAUUGUCAAACAAGCGAGGAACUCUUAAGCAUAAUAUAUCCAUGGCAAUUCUUGUUGUUACAACCAUACUUAUCUUUAUUGCUGCUAUCUGUAGGGCAAUUGUCGUGUUUCAAGCUAGACAACAUCGUUUUGCUAGUCCGGCUGAAAGUAAGUGGUUGAUGUAUGUCAUGUGGGGAGUUUUCGAACUCAUUGUUAUGAUUCUCUACAUUGUUGGCAGAGUUGACCUUCGCUUCUACCGUCCUGAUAGGUUGCCAUUGGAGGUUAGACGCAUCAUUACUGCUGAACAAACCUACUAUCCAAGUUCUGACGAAGAUGAAGAAGGGUUCCAUAGAGACAAACCUGAAACAUACGAGAAGAUGCGUCGUGAUGAGAUUGCCCAUGGCUACAAGAAUUCAGAGUCAAGAAUGGAACCAGCACACUUAUAUGGACGUGAACCAGACUAUGAAAUGGGAGAUGAAAAAGAAUCACAAUUUGAUGAUGAUGAAUUUGAUGACGUUGAUUCUAAUGAAUGGGACUUUACUGUGCCCAAAACCAAAGCAACAAGCUCUAGUUCUGAUGAACCAAAUGAAAAAUACCCGCCGUACCCAGUUUCCGAAAAGCAUGCAAGACAUAGUUCUGAUAAUGAAUCAGAGUUCCACUUUUAG